AUGGCCCCGAAGAAAAAGCAGAAGACCGGGCCAACAACAACGGCUGAGCCAGUGACAAUGCCAACAGAGACUGGGCUUUGCCAGGCUCACUUGUUGAAAGUGCACGAUGCCUUGCAAUGCAUUUUUGCACAUGAAAUGUUCAAGGACAUUCGUGGAGAAAGCCCACUGUCGCCAACAAAUGGUGGACGAGAGUCGCCAUUGGAUCUUUCUCAGGCUGCUGCGGCCUUGAAGAGUGUUGGUGUUUACAGGUGUGCGGGUAAUUUUUUCCAUCAAGACUUGUUGUGGUUGGCCACGCACAAGAUUCCAAUCAACAACUCUCAGGUUCAACAAAUCAAAGAUUAUUGGUUUCCCCCAAAUGCAGAGCCAAGCCUGUGCCCAUUCACUAUAAAUCUUGCGGUCGAGAAGCCGACAUCUGUCGCCGACCGCCCAGAAGCAGGCUUCGCACGCUUGAGUCCAGCAGAACCAGUCCAUGCGCUGCUCUUUGCUUUGGCAGAAGCCAUUCAACGCAAAGCGCCAGAACAUGUCCUCAGAGCUUUCAAAUCUUGCGUUUUGACUGCAAGCUUUGUUUUUGAGAUCUGUGGAGUUGGGGAGGCUCGGUACUGGAGGGCGCAAAACAUUCGAGAAGAAAUGGUGGAAAAGGGUUUGGCUGUGCAGAUGACCUUGCGGCAGCGCAUCUUCGACAUUGCGGGCUUUCACGAAGCCAAGAGCAAGACAGAAACCAACCUGGGAUCUAAAAAGCUAGCCGGGCUUUAUUCAGCGCACCUGAAGCUGGCUUCAAACCAAGAGAGGAUUUCAGAAAGUUUUGUAGAUUCAGCCUUGACUAUCCACAGGCGUCUGCUGUCGCAACCUGCGUGCCAACAAGUCUUAGAGUGGUGUGACCAAAAUUGGCUUAGUGUGUCCCCGUGGAAGUCAAUCUAUGCUUUGCAAGCUUUGAUCGACCGCGCUGGAACGCCUGAGAUGAUAGCCUGGGCGUUGCAAGGCAUGGUCGAUGGAGUGAGGAUGUCAUUUCUAGAUGCAGGAGUGUUUGUCAUCAGCAAGCUCAAAGACUCCAGGGUGAGCUACAUCGAAGUUUUGAAAAUGAAAAAAAAGGUGUUACAACACUUGCUCACUGAGUGGCUCAUGUCCUUGGAAUUGCCCACGGAAUGGAAAAACAAGAUCAAAUCAACUUUCAGCUCGUUUGAGAAGGUUCGUGGGCACUUUGCUCCAUACCCACAGCAAACGGCUGAUACGGCCUGGUUGCUGGGGGCUCCUACCAGCGUUUCUGAAAUCAGUACUUUCCUGGAAGGGGUCAUCUAUGGACAAGAGUAUGACGGUCGCUACAAAGAUGGAAUCAAAAAUCGGCAUGAGGUGCAAGACUUUUUGGCGUACUCAUCUGUGAAAAGUACCAUGGAAAAUUUAGGAGCACUGGUGAGACAAGAGGCAAGACCACAAGCACCAAAUGCGCCGCAAGUCGAAGAAAAAGCGGAGGAGACCGAAACAGCUGAGGCUGAAGCUUCUGAGGCUGCACCGGCCUCUGUCACCGCUGCUGAGGCUGCUCCGGCCUCCACUCUUACCGAUUCGGAUGCUGCCAUGUGGCGGCAACACAUGCGGAAGGUAGUGCAACAACAUGUCAGAUUUGUCAGCGACCAUCGCUCCAAUGCUGACUUGGAAGAAGCUCUGAAGGAAACUCCCUCCAUGUCUUUGCGCGGUGAUCAAACUGGAAUGGCCUUGUUCCAUUUUGAUUUGAAGAAGUAUGGAGAACCUACUACUCGCCCAGAUCUUCGGAUAGCAACCUUUCGUGAAGCCCUCUACACACGGUUGGUCAAAAGUGUUUUGAAUGCUCGAAAAGGUGCCACUGAUGGGCAUACCCCACACCUACAAGUAAGCGAGGUGGCUUUGCUCUUUGAUGGUGGAAAAAAGGGGUUGAGAAACAAGCUCUUGGCACCUUGGCGUGAAGGGACUGCCUCCAAGGCGGAUGGAGGGGAAGAAGGGGAGGAAGAAGGCGAAGAAGGGGGGGAGGAGGAAGAUGACAAACCGACCUUGUUUGUGGACUUGCUCCAGAUUGGAUACAGUGAGCAGUCUUUGGCAGCCCGAAAGAAAAGAGUCAGGGGCACCUGCACCAUCAAGCAGAUGGAGCAGUGUCAUGUGUUGAGCGCCAAAAAGUUGACCCUUCCCAGCAGGGACCGGAAGCACUUUGAUGGGUCGACCACAGGCGAUCUGAUCACCAAUGUGAAGAUGCCAUCUUGGACAGAGGAAUGGCAGCUUGAUUGGAAAACAAAAAAGGAACUUUUGGGUAAAAAACAUCAAAUUUUGGUGGGCGGCAAGACUGAAUUUAAGGAUGAAGAGAAGCCGAACGACCGAGCGAGCAACGCGAAGGAACCAGUCUCCUUCCACAGCCCACCCUUGGAGCUUUACGAAGAACUGCUCCAUUGUUUUUACGCAAAGAUGGUGUUCGACCUGACACCCCUUGACGCUCGUUUUGCCUACGCAGCUUUGCGGAACCGCGUCGGGUAUGUCGGCGUGGCAUACAAUCCGGAGCACGAACGCCUCAUGGAAGAGAGGCUCAUGUUUCUUUUGGAAAAGGACAUGCGGGACUCAACCUCCCCUUUGUUCAGCGCAGCCUACAGUGAAGCUGUGCUCGCCUUGCAGCUGGGCCGUGCAGAGGACAGGGAACCAAUCGGUGCUUCAACAGAUCUGGAGGACACCCACGAGGAGACCAAAACGCCGCCCCCGAAGAAGGGCAAAGCCAAGGCGGCCGACGCUGGACGCCCCACGCCCCCGAAGCGCACGAUCAGUGCGGUCAGCGAGGGGGACUCACAGAAGCCGAAGCGUGGGAAGAAGGCCAAAGAGGGGCCUUACACUUGCUACAAGGAGCAAGGCAGCAUCCCCGAGCCCGAGCUCCCCCGCCGCAGCGACGCACUGCCUGCGGGGAAGAAGGCCUUCACGGUGCUCAGUUGGAACGUGGGCGGUUUGAGGGCCUUCCUCAAGAGCCGAAAGAAGGACCUGGAAAAUGCAGUGCAGCUGGCCAGUUCUCCAGCGGUCAUCGGGAUCAUGGAGCACAAAUUGCAGGACUCCACUGCGGAUAGCGAGGCGGCCUUGAAGGAACUCUCCGAGACCUUGCCCGACUACGAGCUGGCCUGUGUGAACUACUCCACAGCCAAGAAGGGCUACUCUGGAGUCUUAGCGCUGCUCCGGAAGGAGGCGCCCCGGCCGGUGGCGGUGACUGCGGAGGAUCUGCCAAGCGCGGCGCAGGAGGGGCGGAUAGUGGUGCUGGAGUUUGAGACGGUCUACGUAGUGGUGUGCUACGUGCCCAACUCGGGGGAUCAGCUGAAGCGCUUGACCCAGCGGAUCGAGGAAUGGGACGUGCAACUGAGACAACGCCUACAAGAUCUCGGCAAAAAGAAACAUGUCUUACUCAUGGGUGACCUCAAUGUGGCGCAUCAAGACAAAGACAUCUGGAACGUAGAGGCCCCACAUGUGCCCAAGAGCGCGGGCACCACCAAUGAGGAGCGUGAGUCCUUCAGCAAGCUGAUCGAUAGUGGUUUCAAGGAUGGCUUUAGCUUGCGCCAUCCGGAGGUCCUGGGCGCCUUUACCUAUUGGAGCGUCCGGGCCGGGAAUCGCCCCAAGAAUCGAGGCUUGCGUUUGGACUAUGCGAUGGUCUCUGACAGCUUGGUGUCUGCACAGGAGCACCAGACGCACUUCUGGGACGCCUUCCAUUUGCCCGCCGUGGCCACGGGAGAUCACUGCCCAGUAGGUGCUGUCCUGGCGGUCUGA